UAUAUUUUUAUUUAUUUAUUUGUAUAAAUUAUUUUGUAUUUAUUUAUCGCUUGUGAUUUUUUAUUUGUGAAGUCUGUCCAGAUAUUGAGAGGGGUUUGACAAAAGGUCCAGUUUUGGGGAUUUUUUGGAUUUGGGUGGGAAAAGAGGGGCAAAAAAAGAAAAUUUUUUGGUGAUGGAGGUCUGUCCAUGGUGGCUCUGCGAUUCAAAUUCAUCAAAUGGGGUUUGGACUAUUAAAGGUGGACCCUCUUUGGAUUUAUGAGAAAAGUUGGAAUUGGUGGUAUCAGAUAGUGGGGAUUGGCUGAUUUUUUUUUAUUGUACUGGUAGCUGUGUUGUGAUAUUACACAAAGAAGCAGUUGAUUAGGGAAAUGGAGUGUAAUAAAGACGAGGCUACCAGAGCAAAAGAAAUCGCGGAGAAGAAGUUUAUAGCACGGGACAUUGCUGGAGCAAAGAAAUUAGCUUUGAAGGCUCAAAAUUUGUUUCCUGGUCUUGAUGGUCUUCCCCAAAUGUUAGCAACACUUGAUGUGCAUAUUUCUGCAGAAAACAAAAUAAAUGGUGAAGCGGAUUGGUAUGGGAUACUUGGUGUGAAUCCACAAGCAGACGAUGACACGGUGAGGAAGCAAUAUAGGAAGUUGGCCCUGAUGCUUCAUCCUGACAAGAACAAAUCUAUAGGGGCAGAUGGGGCAUUUAAACUUAUUUCAGAAGCAUGGAGUUUGUUGUCUGAUAAGACUAAGAGAAUAGCAUACGAUCAGAAGAGGAAUGUGAAAGCAGGUCAGCAGAAAGUUCAGCCUCCAAGUGGAGGUCCAUCGUCAUCCGCUGCUGCUAAUGGUUUUUACAGUUUCACUAAAAGUAGGACUACAAAUACAAAAGCUCAUAAGAAUACCACUCGGAUGGGUCCCUCUUCUGCCCCUGCUUCAGCUCAUAAGCCAAAACCCAAUACCUUUUGGACAGUCUGCCAUCGGUGCAAAAUGCAAUACGAGUACCUCAGAAUUUAUCUUAACCACAAUCUGCUUUGCCCCAAUUGCCAUGAGCCUUUUUUUGCAGUAGAAACACCACCACCGCCUUCAAAUGGCUCUAAAUCAUCCAAUCCUCAAUGGACUUUCCCGCAACAGCAACAGAGCUCAAAUCACCAAGCAGCAAGCAAGAGCACACUUAAUCAGGGAAAGAAGAAUGCAACCUCUUCAAAUGUGGGAGCAGGGGGCUUUAAUGCUCCUGAUUCAUUUAACCACACCAAUUUCCAAUGGGGUCCAUUCUCAGGAACAUCUUGUGCUUCAAAUGCUGCACAGGCUGCAAGUGUGGUUCAGAAGGCAUAUGCAAAUGUAAAGAGAGAGCGUGAGGAGGCACAGGCAGCCUCCAAAAGAGAGGAGGCCCUGCGGAGGAAGCAUCACGCAUCUAAGAAGAUGAGUGGUGGUUCAUCUGCUGGGAUGUCUAACUCUGCAAAGAGAAGAAGAGGCAUGGAUGAUGUUGGUGCUUCCAGCUAUGGAAAGGACAUCACAAAUCGAAUGGGUCCAGGAACUGGAGGAGCUGGUGCAACUGGUUUACAAGGUAAUCUUGAAACACGUGCAGUUAAUGGAAUCAAUAAGCCUAAUGGUUCAAGGGAGGUCUCCCACACUGAAAUGCAGAAUAUACUGGUGGAGAAGGCUAGGAAGGAAAUUCGAAAUAAAUUGAAUGAAUGGAACUCGGCUACUGUAACCAAAACUGCAGUAAAAGGGGUGGAGAAUGGGAAUGAGAAAGCAAAUGAAAAAGAGGAAAAAAUUGAAAAACCUUUAGCAAAUGGCAAUGUGCAAGAUCAAAACAGGCCUGGUGAGUCUGCUAAUACCAAGACUGGAGUCCAUGCCUUCAAGUCUUUUCCUGACACUUGCGGUGGAAAUACAGAUAUAGAGACCAUUGAACCAAUGUCAAUUAAUGUUCCUGAUCCUGAUUUUCAUGAUUUUGACAAGGAUCGGACAGAAAGAUGUUUUGGUGAUAACCAGGUAUGGGCUGCAUAUGAUGAUGAUGAUGGGAUGCCUAGAUAUUAUGCUAUGAUUCAUAGUGUGAUUUCCGUAAACCCAUUCAAGAUGCGUAUUAGUUGGCUUAACUCAAAAACCAACAGUGAACUGGGCCCACUAAACUGGGUUGGUUCUGGUUUCUCAAAAACUUGUGGGGAUUUCAGAGUUGGCAGAUAUGAAGUCAAUAACUCUCUUAAUUCUUUCUCACACAAGGUUAGGUGGGCAAAAGGCAUGCGCGGUGCCAUUCGCAUUUUUCCUAGAAAGGGGGAUGUGUGGGCUAUCUAUAGGAAUUGGUCCCCUGACUGGAAUGAGCUAACAGCAGAUGAAGUAAUACACAAGUAUGAUAUGGUGGAAGUGCUUGAAGACUAUGAUGAAGAGCUAGGUGUAACUGUCACUCCCCUAGUUAAAGUUGCUGGCUUCAAGACAGUGUUUCACAGGCAUUUGGACCCCAGAGAAGUCAGGAGGAUACCAAGAGAGGAGAUGUUUCGGUUCUCACAUCAUGUACCUUCAUACUUGCUUACAGGUCAAGAAGCUCCAAGUGCUCCCAAGGGUUGCCGGGAGCUGGACCCUGCGGCUACUCCAUUGGAACUUCUUCAGGUCAUAACAGAUGUUAGGGAAGAAGAGAUUGUGGAAAAUGACAAAAUUAGGGAAGAAAAUAUAGUAAAUAAGACCACAAAAGCUAAUGAAAAAGAAAUUGAAGAGAAUUCAGAGAAAGCUACAGAAAAAGAGAUUUCAGGGGAUUCCAAAGAUAUGCAGGAGGUAGAAAUUCUGGAGGUUGCCAAAGAAAAGCAAGACAAGAAAGUGGAGCAUGCUGAAGAAAAGCCAAUUAGCUGAGUUUGGAUUAUUUGUUUUGAUGCAGAUACAAUUUCUUGAGUUGGUGGUGUAAAUGGGAUCAAAACAGAUUUAUGAUUCUUGAAUUCCAUGCCUACAUAAUGUGGGAAGUAGCCACUUCUAAUGGAAAUCAUGUGGAAAAGACCUUAAAAUAAUCCUAACCUUUAGUUAAUUGAAGAUAACUUUUUAGAAGAUGGAACCUACAUGGUUCUUGGGAGUUCAAAAGCAGAUCAAACUUGGAAGCUCAUUAUGGUGUAUUCCAUGCUGAUUCCAACUUUCUUCAAGGAUUUGUAUGGUGAGGCUGUAUAUAUUUCCCCCAAGACCUGUUCCUUUUAUCCUCAAAGAACAUCUCUUUGUCAGUCAGAGCUUGUCAAUAUGAGUCUGCCUACAACCCACCCCUCCUUUUCGAUGAUUCUAUAGCACCUUGCUCAAUUUUCUUCUUAUAUCUGACUGUUAUGAAUUUCACGUUCUUUAUAUUGGUCUGUAGAGUUGGUCUGUUGUUAGAUCUCUUAGAGUACAAUUAAUAGUGAAGAUUUUCAGUUUAUUGCUUGAAUCAAGAUUAGAUAUUGCAUUACUUUA